AUGUCUGGGGGCUCAAAGAGUGAUGACUGUGUAACAGCUAAUGGGAUGGUUUACAUUCCUGAAGUAAGAAAUGAGGAAACACCAGCGGUUGGGAUGAAGUUCGACUCGCUUGACCUCGUUUAUAAUUUCUAUAAUAGAUAUGCAUUCGUGGCUGGCUUUGGUAUUCGACUUCAUUCCAGCUUUUGGGGAAAAAAUAAGAAAGAGAUUCUGAGGAAAGAAUUUGUCUGUUGCAAACAAGGUGCAUACAGGAAAGAUGAAACUCGGGAGAGAAAAAGACAGCAGGGAAUAAGUAGAUGCAAUUGCAAAGCUAAGAUUGUGGUUGUGAAGACACAUGGGAGCAAGAAGUAUACCAUCUCUCUUUUUGCAGAGGGACAUAAUCAUAAGAUGACAGCCUCAGAAAGAGUGCAUUUAUUGAGAUCACACCGUCGUAUUUCAGAUUCUACAAAAGUACUCACAAAACAGUUAGGUUCGGUUAAUAUCCCCAUUCAUCAGAAGUCUUUUAAGAUUGAGGGAGAUGGCGAAGAUAGGUUUAGUCGAUGUUUUUGGGCAGAUGCAACUUCUAGACGGGCGUACGGGUUUUAUGGAGAUGUUGUUGUAUUCGAUACCACAUUCAACACGAAUCGAUACGACUUGACAUUUGCACCAAUAUUGGGAGUUAAUAACCACGGUCAGACAAUUGUCUUAGCAUGCACAUUUUUGAGCAAGAAAACGACUGAGUCGUUUAUUUGGAUGUUUGAGGAGUUUAAGAAAGUCAUGCCAGGUGGCGAACCUAAAACGAUCAUUACAGAUCAAGAUGCGGCCAUGACCAGAGCUAUUUCAAUAGCCUUCCCGAUUACAUUUCAUCGACUUUGCAUAUGGCACAUCACAUCGAAGUUCCCUGUUAAGUUACCACAUUCUGCUUAUAAUGAGUAUUGGCGUGAAUUUCAUAAAGCCAUAUGGGAUACUGACAAUAAGGAUGAGUUUGACGCAAAGUGGAAUAUUGUGGUUACAAAGGCUGAUUUGACUGACCAUCAAUGGCUAAGUUCAAUGUUUGAUUUAAGGGAAUCUUGGGUUGCAGCCUACGCACGAUACUUUUUUGCUACUGGAAUGUCAAGCAGCCAAAGAGCGAAAGGUUCUCAUGCUUUCUUCAAGCAAUACAUAUCAAGGAGAAAUUCGUUGAUGGAUUUCAUAAUACGAUUUGAGAGGGCACUUUCUCAUCAACGCCAAAAAGAAUUAGCUGCUGAUCACGUAGAUGCAUUUGAAGUGGCUCAAUGUAUUCUACCAAUGCCAAUGAACAAACAAAUGGCUACCUUGUACACAAGGACAAUGUUUCAAAAGUUUGAGAAAGAACUAAUACAAAGUACAGCAUGUUUCCUAGAGAUCAAAAUAGAGGAUGCUUCUAAAGUUGUCUUUAAUAGGUGGAAGAAAACUGCGAAAGUUGGAUUGGUGUCAGAUGCAAAUGGCAACGAAAUUAAAGACUGUGCAGAUCCUGGUCUUUUAAUAAAACGGAGUACAAUGUCCCGACUUGGUUCAGAUGUGGUUGAGGAUGCAUUAAUGUGUGAAGAAGGAUGUGAGCUAGUGUCAGAGACUCUAAAAAGUUUGCGGGUGAAGUUGAAGUUGUUGAAGGAUGGACCAAGUAAUAACGAAGUUGGAUGA